AUGGCUGACAGGAAAAAAGAUGCAGAACCUGAGGGUGAAGAAGAAUUCUCAGUAGAAAAAGUUUUAGAUAGACGGGUUACAAAUGGGAAGGUGGAAUAUUUUCUUAAAUGGAAGGGUUAUAGUGAUGAAGAUAACACAUGGGAACCAGAGGAAAAUCUGGAUUGCCCAGACUUGAUACAGGCUUUUGAAGAAGCUAGAAAGAAAAAAGAAGCAGAAGGCAAGGGUGCCAUGAAAAUUGACACAAAAAAAAGAAAAUCUGCUGCCACACCAGAUUUAAAAGGAGCCAAAAAGAGCAAAACUGACGACAAAAAAGCCUCCGGCUUUGACAGAGGUCUUGAACCUGAGAAGAUUAUAGGAGCUACUGACAGCAGUGGUGAGCUCAUGUUCCUGAUGAAGUGGCAGGGUACCGAUGAAGCUGAUUUGGUACCUGCCAAGCAGGCUAAUGUAAAAUGCCCACAAGUUGUUAUACAGUUCUAUGAAGAGAGGCUGACUUGGCAUACCCCUGCACCUGAUGAAUGCAAUAAUGAUGAAUAG